AUGAAUGAUUUUAUAAAUUCAGAAGAUGAAGAAAAUUUUGAUAAAGUAUUUCCAAAUCCAAUAAAAAAUAAAAAAUCGAAUUUACGACAAAAUUCUUCAUUUAACUCAUCCAUGGAUCAUAAAGAAAAUAUUAGAACAAGAUCAACAAAAUUGUCACCAUUAAGUCAAAAUAAACUAGAUGAAUAUGAUACAUAUGUAAAACCUUCUCAACCUGAAAUUUUAAUCAAUAAUCAAGUUAAAAGUAAAAAAGCAUCAUCAAUUGAAGAAUUAAAUAAAUCAUCAAAUGAAUUAUCAAAAGAAAAAAAGAUUAAAAUUGAAGAAAUUAAUGAUGAUGAUGAUGAUGAUGAUGAUGAUGAUGAUGAUGAUGAUGAUGAUGAUGAUGAUGAUGAUGAUGAUGAUGAUGAUGAUGAUGAUGAUGAUGAAGAAGAAGAAUCAAAUGAACCUGAUUAUACAAAUGUGAAUUCCAAAUAUUUGGGCAAAUCAAAUUUUAAAAGUGAACAUUUUUCUCACUUUCAAACAAAAGUGUUAUUUGAAAUCGCCAUCAAAAAUAGAAAAUUCCCCAAUUGCAUGCAAAGGGUAGCUCUUUUAUUUAACAAACAAUUUCAUACCAAUUUUUCUGAAAAAAAAAUUGAAGAUAAAAUUAGAAAUUGUUCAGGUAGAUUGGAUCAAUAUGGCAAAAAAUACAAAGUUCCAAAAUAUGUUCAAAAAAACCACAAAUUAAAAUUUGCCAAUAAAGAAGAUUUCAUUUUAUAUCACAAAAAUGAAAAAAAAAUCUAUAAAGAAGUUCAAUCUUUAAUAAAAAACUAUAGAGAUAUAGAAAAAGAAAAAAUUUAUUUUAACAGUGAAGAAAGGUUAAAAAACGAAGAAAUAAAAAAAAAUGUGGACAAAACUAAAGAUGAAAGAAAAAAUGAAAGAAGAAAAAGAUUCCAACAUUUAAUGAAUGUCCACCAGGAUGAUUUGGUUCUUAGGAAUAAAAUUGUAUUACUUCAAAUAAUGCAAACUAAAAUUCAAAUGCGACGUCUAAAUAUUGAAAAGAAAUAUUUUAACUUAUACCGAAAAGUUCAAAUAAAUAAAUAUAAAGAUGACCCUUCUAUUUAUCAAGAAGAAGAUGAUGAGGUAUAUGAUCAAGAUUCAAUCGAUGCUAUUGAUGAAUUAUUUACAAUGAAAAUUCCAAAAACAUCAUAUGUUGAAGACCAUCAAUCACCUUCUGAUAUAGAAUCAAACGAAGCAGGUAGUCAAUCCCAAUUUGAAAAAAAUUCUCUUAAACCACUUCAAAAUCAAUCAAAAAAAUCUUUUUUUAAAUAA